AUGGACAUUCGUAACAAGACACUACCACCCACACCUAGAGAGCAUCCACACUCCAUGGCGUGCGGCCACAGAAACGCUAGACCUUGUUUGAGCAUGCUGCUCGAAGAACCCUGUACCACUCCAGAGGAUGGGUUCAGGAAAGAGAACGAAGACCUCAAGAAAGCAAAUGAAGUACUGCAACGUCAGGUACAGCAGUUGGCGCUCGAAAACAACGUCCUCCAAGACCGGCAGACAAAGUCUCAGCACGAGCUAAAGCAUUACCUGGAGAUCAUAGAGAUCCAGAAAACGUCGUUGAAGGAGAUCAUGCAAUACAUUCUCAUCUCGACAUCAGACUGCCGUGCAACGGUUCAGAAGAAGCGUACAGAGUGGGAGACAAGGGAGGCAGAAGAUGCUUUCUCCUCCAUGGACAUGGACAUGUUCUAG